AGAACUGGUGAGAAAUUUUCAUGGCGAAACCGAAAAAAAGUAUCAUCAAGCAUUGUCAACUUGUUUGGCAAACUCAAAAGACUGGCAUGGUCAGAGGAACUUGCGUCGUCCGGGCAGGAAUAUCGUUUAAUAGAGCGUCUAAAAACAUUCUAUCUCAUAAAACAUCUCAUUUUUCUAAAGGAUACGCAUAAUUUGCGUAGAUUGCGAGGUACCCAUUUGAUUAGAUGUUCGCGUUAAUCCUCUUUAAACAUUGAAGUCAUUAUUCGGAAAUAUUAAGAUCGUUUCUUUCAGAAAAGGACUGGAAAAGGAAGAGAUAUGAGAAUCCUAGUAUGGAUUUAUAUUUGAGUCUGAACUCAAAAUGAGGACAGGGGCAUCCUCUGCAGGUCCCGAAUAAAUAUUCUAAGUGGGCUUCUUUCAUGGGUCCACAUUUGGCCCUAACGAUUUUGUUCGGGUACAACCGGGGCAUUCUAUGUUGGUCCCGAUUAUUUUUCCCUUACGGGGCCCGCUUACGAGAGCGUGACCGUCCUCUACAGGAACCAAUUAUGUUUCCUCAUUAGGACCCUGACUAGAUUAUGGAAAUUUAACCAGGCCCCUAUGAAAACCCCGGUAAAUUUUCUACACGGGAGAGCAUUUCUUCGUGCACUCAUCACUGGUUGCAGUAUUCAUUAUGACCGGGCUAUACUUAAAAAAGUGAAGGCACUGCACCUGACGCCUAUAAUUAGACAAAAUAACGAUGCAAAACUAUUUCUUAAGAAAAUUAUGGCGCUCGCUUACUUGCCGGCAACGAAAAUUCCAAACGAGUAUGCUACUCUGAAAAAUGUCAUUGAAACCUACAAUAGCAUACUGAAGGACCAAAUGGGGCAACAUCCGUCAGCCUGGGACUUUAUAGGCAAAAUCAUCAAGUUAACAUCGAAAGCCAGAAACGACGUGGAGAGUUUAAAAUCGAACAAGAGAAUUCGGCGACAACCGCGGUAUUCAACAAUCUUCAGGCGGAGAGAAUUAACGAAUGCAAACCUGAAAGGUCACAUAGACCAGGUACUGAUGCGGCUUCCAGAAGAGAAUUCCGAAGAUGAAGUACCAUUAGAAGAAAGACCCGAAGUCAUGGUGACAGGUAAGUCAAGCAAUAAUAGCAUGACGAACUGCAUAAAAAACAUCCGGGGGUCAAAGUUGUUCAAGGUCAUUCAAGAUCAAAAAGUGACAUGA